CUUUUCAGUCUCAUCAGACAGGCAGAGAGCUCUUUAAUGGCAACUCAAGUUGGCUAUAUUUAUGUCUCCCGCCGAUUCAGCUCUUACCCUCAGGCCUUCACGUUCUCCGAGCUUUCUGGCUUAAAAUACCUCUAAAACCUGUAAGCUUUCCGUGCUGGCUCAAGAGACCAUUCCAUUUUCUUUCUUCAUCUUCAGGUCCCGGCCGCAUUUCCGACGAAGUGAAGGUCAAUCGCCCGGAGUUGUUUCAUCACUAGUUUCUCACUACAUCGCUUCUGAGAUCUUAGCUCUUAAAGUUAAGGGCGGGUCGAUCCCGAGCUAGUCUUCUGUUCGAAGCUUGAUAUAUGGGCGUUUUGGCAUGUGGAGUUAUUCUAGGGUUUCUUUACUGAAGAUUCCAGUCAUUCUUGGUUUGCUUUGUAGAGCCUUCUUGUUUUGGUUAUUCCUUUCCGACAGUAGCUUGGAAAUCACCUGCUAACGUGGUUUUUCCUUGUUGAAUCGGUCAUUUCGAGUUUUGUUGGAGGUCUUUAUUUGCUUUUUCGGCUCUGUAGGUAAUCUCACCAACUUUUACCUCUCAGGCUCAGCUUCUAAGAGUUGGUAAACAAACAAUGUUAGUGCGACAGUGCCAUUGACUUACUCCCUUUGGUACCGGACCGCAAUUGUUCAUUUUCAACAUCUCUCUUUCUCUCUCUAGAAGUACUAUUUGCUCAAGGUUUAGUUCGCCAAUCAGUGUUUUCCAGCCCCAACUGUGACAAAAUCGUAUUUUUUUAGAGAGGUUUCUCCGUGGUUCUGAUUAUAUCAUAUGAAGUUUCUCAUUUCUGUUCACUUUAUCUUUGAAACUCGUUCUUGAAGUCGUGAGGAGCUUCCUGCAAUGACUGCGUAACAUCAACCCAGAUAGCUGUUGAAAUGGGAAGGCUACUUGGGAUUUUUGCCUUUCUUGUCUUAGUCCCAUUUUUUGUGAGAUCUUUGGAAACAACUCUUAAUGACGACGUUCUUGGGUUAAUUGUCUUCAAGGCUGAUCUCCAAGAUCCGGACUCGAAACUGAUAUCUUGGAAUGAAGACGAUGACAGUCCCUGCAAUUGGGUAGGAGUAAAAUGCGACCCCAAAACCAACCGGGUCUCUGAGCUUGUUCUUGAGGGAUUCUCUCUAUCUGGGCGUAUUGGCCGAGGAGUUCUCCAACUGAAAUUCCUUCGCAAACUAUCCCUCUCAAACAACAAUUUCACCGGGACCAUAAACCCAAAUCUUGCACGACUUGAGGGCCUGCGGGUCAUUGAUCUUAGUGAUAACAGACUGUCAGGACCAAUACCAGAUGAUUUUUUCCGGCAAUGUGGUUCUUUAAGAGAAAUGUCCUUUGCGAGGAACAACUUGUCAGGACAGAUCCCACAGAAUUUGGGCUCGUGUUCAACCCUCGCCACUCUUAACUUCUCCUCCAAUCAGCUAUCCGGCCCGUUGCCGUCCGGAAUCUGGUCCUUGAAUGGCCUUCGAUCACUUGAUCUUUCAGAUAAUCUACUAGAGGGCGUGAUUCCCAAAGGUAUGGCAGGCUUGUAUAAUUUGAGAUCGAUCAAUUUACAGAAGAACCGGUUUUCUGGGCAAUUGCCCGAUGAUAUUGGAGGGUGUUCACUCUUGAAGUUGAUUGAUUUUAGCGAGAAUUCUCUAUCUGGGAGUCUUCCAGAUUCAAUGAGGAAACUUACCAUGUGUAGUUCUCUGAGUUUGCAUGGCAAUCUAUUUAGUGGAGAACUUCCGGCGAUGAUUGGAGAAAUGAGAGGCCUUGAGACUCUAGAUCUGUCAAGGAAUAUAUUUUCUGGUGGCAUCCCAGAUUCAUUGGGGAACCUUCAAUCACUGAAGCUGUUAAACCUGUCUAGUAAUGGGUUUACUGGAGUUGUGCCUGAUUCCUUGUGCAACUGUAAAAACCUUUUGAUCAUGGAUUUUAGUCGAAAUUCAUUGACGGGUAACUUACCAGCAUGGAUUUAUGGAUUGGGCUUGCAGAAGGUUUUUCUUUCAGAAAACAGACUAAGUGGAGUGAUAAAAAAUCCAUUCCCCCUAUCAGUGGAGCCAUCAUACAGUAUUCUACAGGUCUUAGAUUUGUCAGAUAAUGCAUUUUCUGGUGAAAUUCCCAGGAACAUUGGGACUUUUAGCAACUUGCAGAUCUUGAAUGUAUCCAGGAACUCUCUCAUUGGUUUAAUCCCUGCAAGUAUAGGUGAUUUGAAGGCUGUAACUAUUCUUGAUUUGAGUGAGAACCGACUGAAUGGUAGCAUCCCAUCUGAAAUUUGGGAUGCUGUUUCUUUGAAGGAACUGAGGUUGGAAAAGAACUUCCUAGCUGGCAAAAUUCCUUUACAGAUUGAGAAGUGCUUGUCCCUAACAUAUCUGAUCCUGUCGCAGAACAACAUCUCAGGUUCAAUACCUGCAACCUUAGCAAACCUCACCAAUCUCCAAACUGUAGAUUUAUCCAUGAAUAAUCUGUCCGGAAGCCUACCCAAGCAGCUGGCCAAUCUCCCCCACCUUUUGUCUUUCAAUAUUUCCCACAACAAUCUCCAAGGAGAGUUACCUGCCGGUGGCUUCUUUAACACUAUUUCCCCCUCCUCUGUUUCUGGUAAUCCAUCCCUCUGUGGUUCUGCUGUCAACCGCUCAUGCCCUGCUGUCCUUCCCAAACCAAUUGUCCUUAACCCUAACUCAUCUUCUGAUUCCUCUGGCAUGGGUUCAUUCUCUCCUAAUCUCCGCCACAAGAAGAUCAUCCUCAGCAUCUCUGCCCUAAUUGCAAUUGGUGCUGCCAUCGUGAUUGCCCUUGGUGUGAUUGCUGUGACUGUCCUCAACCUCCGGGUACGGUCAUCUACUUCUCGCUCAGCUGCAGCCCUUACACUAUCGGGUGGAGAUGAAUUCAGCCAAUCUCCCAUUACUGAUGCAAAUUCUGGCAAGCUUGUCAUGUUUUCUGGUGAUCCUGAUUUCAGCGCCGGGGCCCAUGCCCUUCUCAACAAGGAUUGUGAACUUGGCCGUGGUGGUUUUGGAGCUGUAUACCGAACGGUACUCAGAGAUGGCCGUCCAGUUGCCAUCAAGAAGCUUACUGUGUCAAGCCUUGUUAAGUCCCAAGAAGAUUUUGAGAGAGAAGUAAAGAAGCUGGGUAAGAUACGACAUCCUAAUCUUGUGGCACUGGAAGGAUAUUACUGGACUCCAUCACUGCAACUCCUCAUUUCUGAGUUUGUUUCUGGUGGGAGUUUGUAUAAACACUUGCACGAGGGAGCUGGUGGAAACUGGCUCUCAUGGCAUGAGAGGUUCAACAUAAUUCUAGGGACGGCAAGAAGCCUGGCUCACUUGCACCAACUGAACGUAAUCCACUACAAUCUGAAGUCGAGUAACGUACUGAUUGACAGCAAUGGCGAGCCAAAGGUUGGAGAUUUUGGGUUGGCGAGGCUGCUACCGAUGCUUGAUCGCUACGUUUUAAGUAGCAAGAUACAGAGUGCACUUGGGUAUAUGGCACCUGAGUUUGCAUGCCGGACAGUGAAGAUAACUGAGAAAUGUGACGUAUAUGGGUUUGGGGUUUUGGUGUUAGAGGUGGUGACAGGGAAACGGCCUGUGGAAUAUAUGGAGGAUGACGUGGUGGUGCUGUGUGACAUGGUGAGAGGGGCAUUAGAAGAAGGUAGGGUGGAGCAGUGCGUGGACGGGAGGCUCAGUGGAAACUUCCCAGCGGAGGAAGCAAUUCCGGUGAUGAAGCUAGGGUUGAUCUGUACUUCACAGGUGCCAUCGAAUAGGCCGAACAUGGCAGAAGUGGUUAAUAUAUUGGAAUUGAUCAGAUGCCCAUCCGAAGGCCAAGAGGAGUUGGUAUGAAUUGGACUUUUUUUUAUUAAAUUUACUACUACUAGAAAGGGAGGACAUAGAAGGGAUAGAUAAUGGGUAUUCCGGCGAAGAGGAAUCCGGUUAGUUUAUCAGUCUAAUUACACAGAAAGAGGAAGAAGAAAAAUUGAUUGUUGUAAUUUUUGUUUUUUUUUUGGAAAUUUCCUACUCGUUUGUUUUGUUUGUCUAGCUUAUGACGGCACGGGUUCUCUUUGUAGGGUUUUUUCCUUUGUUUUUUUUUUUUUUUUUUUUUUUAUUAUUGUUAUCAUUAUAGUGUUGCCGGAUUCCUUUUCACCGGGUUUCAAUUUGGGACCCCUUUCGAACCUGAACCAAUUACUUUGCGGUGUGGAUGAGUUUCUGAUGUUAUUGUUGGUUGGUUCUUUUAUUUAUUUAUUUAGUUUGCCGUGA